AUGGGCAGCAUUGUAGCGCCGGAGAGUGUUGUUCUCCCGGUGGUUUAUGCGGUAUAUCCCAGGAGUUCUGUGGUGUCGGAUGUCAACCAGCUUUCGGAACCUGCGUUCAAGAGAGAUGUGGCGCGUCGAACGGCAACCGAAGUUGCCCCUUUCCUCAGUGUUGCUCUCACGCUGAUUACUGUGUCAGGAACUGGCCACGAUUUCUGUUCUGUCCCUAACAACUGCCAAGAGGAAUUUGGUAUUUGCGAUUCUGAUACAACUCCGGCAGGGUACAAUGUGUCAGUGGAUCCAAGAGUGGAGAGAAGCCAAAUCGCAUACGGACAAUACAUCAGCAAUUGCUACGUUCCUGGAACUAUUGCUCUCACAUACGACGAUGGCCCAUCACAGAACACCGAGGAGCUGCUGAAUAUACUCAACGAAGCUGGUGCAAAGGCAACCUUCUUCGUUACCGGGAACAGCAACGGCAAAGGUCCCAUAGACACGACGUAUGAGUGGACUGAUGUGAUCAAGCGUAUGAUCAAGGACGGGCACCAAGUUGGUUCUCAUACUUGGUCUCAUGAGGACAUGGACAAGAUGGGAUCAGAAGCUCGCCGACUCGACAUGGCUAAAAACGAGAGGGCUCUCGCCAACAUCCUAGGCAAAUAUCCCGCGUACAUGCGGCCACCUUACCUCCUAUGCAGCAACGACACCGGUUGUCUGAGCGACAUGAGAGAUCUUGGAUACCAUGUCAUUUCAUAUGCAUUUGACAGUGGGGACUGGAUGACUCCCACCAAUCUCACUGCAAUGACCGCGAGAGUUGACCAGGCCUUGCAGAGCACGGCUGAUCAACAGGGCAGGAUGUUGCUGAUCCAGCACGACACCAUCCGCACAUCAGCCAUCGAGCUCACAAAACAUGUUCUGAAUGUGAUCUCCGAGCGAGGAUGGAAAGCUGUCACGGUCGGAGAGUGUCUGAAUGACGAGCCCGAACGCUGGUAUCGGAAUCCGGCUUGGAUCAGCGUUGGCUCAAGGUCGAAGGGUGGAUGUGUUGUUUCGGGCAGGAACUCUUGUGGAAAGGUACGGCGAUUUACCAACAAGGUCGAAUGCUUCAACAGCAACGCCCAAUGUGAACAAGAUGCCUUGAAAUGCAUGAACUCUGCUCGGACGGACAAGACAACCUGCGAAAGUUUGGGGACGAUCUGCAGCAUGCAAUUCCUCUUCUGUUCAACCUGCGGAGGAGCAGGACUCCCUUGCGAAACUGAGAGCUUCUAUGUCAACAGGCAAGCAUGA